UCGCUAGUUGUCACGGUAAACACCACCACUAUUUCUGGCAUCGGCAAUUAUUUCCCCAAGUUUAUAUUAUUUUUCGCUCUCCGAAUUGCUUGUGCCGUGCCGCUCCUGCGAUAUGUGCUGACCCGAGGAGCGACGACUGGCAAAUCGGUGGCGGAUUUUCGAUUUGGACAAGCCAAAACCAAAACCGAAACCGAAACCAAUCGCAGUUUCCCAGUCGCGUCCGCUGCUGCUAUGUGUGUGUGUGUGCGUGCCCGCCCGUGUCCGUGCAAGUGUGUGUGCGAGUGAGAUCGGAUCGGAUCGGGAAGAGAAGUUGUUGUUUUUUGUUUUACUGUUUUUGUUGUUGUUGUUGCUGCUGGAGUUGCCGUUGCCAUCGUUUGUUGUUUGUGCAUUUUCCCCUCGACGGGCAACGCAACAAAAAAAAAAUAAAUAAAAAGGAAGAAAGAGCAAGAAGAAGAAGCAGCAGCAGCAGCAGCUGAAGAAAAGGGCGCAAAUUUGGAGCAGGGAAACGGGAAAAAGAUGUUCUCGAAGAAGAAAAAGAAACCGCUGAUCUCGAUGCCCAGCAACUUUGAGCAUCGCGUGCACACGGGCUUCGAUAAGAGGGAGAACAAAUAUGUGGGCCUGCCCCUACAGUGGGCCUCCAUUGUGGGCAACAACCAGAUCCUCAAGUCCUCCAACCGCCCGCUGCCGCUCGUCGAUCCCUCGGAGAUCACGCCCACCGAGAUCCUGGACCUCAAGACGAUCGUGCGUCCGCAUCACAACAACAACAAGGCGGACACCACGUCGCUGAACAGCAGCAGCACCAUGAUGAUGGGCGGCGCACCGCUGAAUCAUCCCGGUUCGCAUCCCCUGAUGGGCCAAGGAGUCGGCGGCGGCGGCGGCAUGAUGAUGCCACCGGAAGCGGGCGGCGGCGGCGGUGGGAUAAUCCUGCCCAAGACCUCGCAUGUGGCCAGGUCCAAUUCGCUGAGGAGCUCCAGUCCGCCGCGAGUGCGCCGGGUGGCCAAUGUGCCGCCUUCGGUGCCGGAGGAGGAGGCUCCUCCCACGGCCGGAGGAUCAGGAGGCGGUGGCUUCAAGCCGCUGCUCUACAACAGUCAGCAUGCGCAGGCCAAUGGAGCCACUGGACCGCUGGCCGUGCGCACGGAUCAGCAGCAGUACCGCAGCAAUCUGGCCAUUCCGCCAACCGGCGGCGGUGGCGGUGGCUCCAUUCCCCAGCAGACUUCGCCGGUGGGCUCGGUGGCCAGCGGCACGCGAUCCAAUCACUCGCACACGAACAAUGGCAACAGCUAUCCUCCCAUGUAUCCCACAAACCAUCAGCAGCAGCAGCAGCAGCAGGCCAAACAGGGCGGCGAUCAGAACCAAAACCCCCUGCAUCCACAUGCCCAUCCGCCGCACACGCAUCCGCAUCCGCAUCCCCACCAGCACCUGGCCAAGUCGGCCUCGCGGGCCUCCAGUUCCAGUGGAGGAGCCAGCAGUGCGGCCCAGCAGGCGGCCGGGCAGCCAAAGCAGGACCAGCGACUCACCCACGAACAGUUCCGUGCUGCCCUCCAGAUGGUCGUCUCGGCGGGAGAUCCGCGCGAGAAUCUCGACCACUUCAAUAAGAUUGGCGAGGGCUCCACGGGCACUGUGUGCAUUGCCACGGACAAGUCGACAGGUCGCCAGGUGGCCGUCAAAAAGAUGGACCUGCGCAAACAGCAGCGACGCGAGCUGCUCUUCAACGAGGUGGUCAUCAUGCGCGACUACCAUCAUCCCAAUAUCGUGGAGACAUACUCCAGCUUUCUGGUCAACGACGAGCUGUGGGUGGUGAUGGAGUACCUCGAGGGCGGCGCCCUCACCGACAUUGUCACCCAUUCGCGGAUGGACGAGGAGCAGAUAGCCACCGUCUGCAAGCAGUGCUUGAAGGCUCUGGCCUAUUUGCACUCACAGGGCGUCAUCCAUCGCGACAUCAAGUCGGACUCCAUACUGCUGGCCGCCGAUGGACGGGUGAAGCUGUCGGACUUUGGAUUCUGCGCCCAGGUGUCCCAGGAGCUGCCGAAGCGCAAGAGUCUGGUGGGCACGCCAUAUUGGAUGUCGCCGGAGGUCAUUUCACGCCUGCCCUAUGGCCCCGAGGUGGACAUCUGGUCGCUGGGCAUCAUGGUCAUCGAGAUGGUGGACGGCGAGCCGCCGUUCUUCAACGAGCCGCCGCUGCAGGCGAUGCGCCGCAUCCGGGACAUGCAGCCGCCGAACCUGAAGAACGCCCACAAGGUCUCGCCGCGCCUGCAGUCCUUCCUCGACCGGAUGCUGGUGCGGGAUCCGGCGCAGCGAGCGACGGCCGCCGAGCUGCUGGCCCAUCCCUUCCUGCGGCAGGCGGGGCCGCCGUCGCUGCUGGUGCCGCUGAUGCGCAAUGCGCGACACCAUCCAUAGAAUGGGCCAACCCAACCAUCAUUAUCAAAUUCUAGUAUUAACAUUCAGUUUGGCAACUGUACUUAUAUACCCGAAAAUCCCUCGAAACGUUGUAAAGUCAUUUAAGCCCAGCACACCCGCAUUUUAGCCACUAAUUCUAUCACACUACCACUUACAUACGUUCCGGAAGAGAAUGCAAUGUGCCUUUCACCCGCCUCAAAAACAGAAAAACAGAGAUCGAGUUCAGAAAUCGAUAUAGCAUUUAUCUGGCCGAGGAUCAUCAUUUAUAUAUAUAUAAUAACUUCAGCAUUUUGCUCUCUCCCCUCUUGUCAAUAUUAAUUUGUGUGUGCGUGUGUUUGAUUUUUUUUAACAAGCCCAUAAACAUUGUUCGAAUAUAUACAUAUACGCUAAGAGAUAUAAUGUUAAAGAACUAUACAUAUAUAUAUAUAUACACAUAUAUUUUUUAUAAAAACAAAACCUAAAACCUAAGCAAAGCGAAACAACGAAGGUGUGAAUCGAAUCGAAAAGAGACGGAAGCGUGAAAACGCCGCAAAACGAAAGAGAAAGAAGGAGAAAGAGAUGGAUGGAGAAGCAUAUUACAUCUUUUUGGACAUAUAUUUUUAAAAAACAUUUACACCAUUGGCCACGUUAAUGCAUGAAAUGCCAACUCUCCUCUCCAGACAUUUAAAUAUAUUUAAACACAUUCCCGAUUUCGAAAAUAUUUUAAAUCUUUUAGCUUACAUUCUUUGUUCUGUUUUUUGAUUUAACCCG